CUGUUUCAGGUCCACUCUGCAGGUGAUCCGCACCAUGGCCUGUGAAUACGCUCUCUGCUCGCUCUUCGUGCCCGGAGACAGGCAGAUCAUCCUGGGAACCAAGAGCGGGAAACUGCAGAUCUUUGAGCUGGCCUCUGGGAGCCUCCUGGAGACGGUGGACGCUCACAGUGGAGCUCUGUGGUCCCUGUGCCUCGCCCCGGACCAGAGGGGGAUUGUCACAGGAAGUGCAGAUAAGAAGGUGAAGUUCUGGGAGUUUGAGCUGAUAAAGGACGAAGGAAGCAGUAGCGGACAGAAGCGGCUGACAGUGAAUCACACACGCACGCUGCAGCUGGAGGAAGACAUUCUGUGUGUGAAGUUUUCUCCUGACAACCGCCUGCUGGCCGUCUCUCUGUUGGACUGCACGGUCAAAGUCUUCUACACAGACACUCUGAAGUUCUUCUUGUCUCUGUAUGGACACAAGCUGCCUGUACUCUGUCUGGACAUCUCACAU